AUGACAAAUAUGCGAUCGGAAGUGAAAUUGAUAUUUUGUAGCCAUCACCCAAUCACCAUAAAUUUACAUUGGCAUUUUUGGGUGCUCGCUUUGCCAGCGCCAAAGAGCUCCAUUCAAAUUAAAUUUAACAGAGGAUUGGACGUACUGAAGCAGUUCCAUUUAAAUGUCGACGAUAAAUAA